CAGCAGCAGCAGGGUCCUCUUUUCUCACGGUCCACGAGAGCGUUGCUCUACGGCAACCCCCGGCAACGCUCUCGCGGAUCGCGAGAACAGAGGACCUGCUGCUGCUGGAUGGGAAAUCGUGUGGAUACUCUCAGAACAUGCCGCCCCUGUGA